AUGUCUGCGAAUGCUCUUGUUGCGGCAACCAUUGCCCCACCUGUGGUGAAUUACAUCCAAAUGGAUUCUCUUGUCAUCAUGAAGAUUGUCAAACACGUUGACAGUGAACUUCAUGCUGGUAUGAGUGAGGUAGCCGGUGAAGCUUGUCAAGGUUUGCUUACUGGGUUAGUUUCCAUGGAAGAUAAUAGGCUCGAAAUCACUAACUGCUUCCCAACAGCACGUGCCGAACCUAUUCUUGAAAACGACGAUAAUGCUGUUCAGGCUAACCAAGCCUACGAAGAGUUGAAGCAAGCAGAAAUGUUGGACAUGUUGAGAAAGUUCAGAGCUAUGAGCAUUGACUAUGAAUUAGUUGGAUUUUAUCAAGCUCAUCCAUUCGGAGCUUGUUUUUCUCAGGAUCUUGUUGAUUCUAUGUUUGAUUAUCAGAGUAAUGGUCCUGAUGGAGUUGUCAUAAUUUACGACCCUGUCAAAACUAGACAAGGCCAGCUCUCUCUUAGAGCUUAUCGUCUUGCUCUUCCAGUCUUAGAGUUAUAUGCUCGAGGAGAUUGGAGUCCAGAAGCUGUUAAAGCCGCCAAUCUGACAUAUGAAUUAAUGUUCGAAGAACUACCAAUUGUUAUCAAGAGCAGCCAUCUUGUCAACGUUAUGAUGGCUGAGUUAGCUCUCGCCCCAAGCAAAGUUGCUGAGAAGUACUCUGCUCACCUUGAAUUAGGAACCAGACGAUCCCUUGAAAAAAGCGUCCGAGGGAUGAUGGCCAACAUUGAUGAAUUGAACAAAUCCAUUUCCUCUUAUGCUAAAUAUGUUAAUGAAAAACAAAGACAUGAUCUUAACGUGUUCAAUACAACUCAAAAGAGACAAGUUGAAAAUGAGCACAGAAUCGCUCGUGGAGAACCUCCACUUUCCAUGGAUGAUAUUAAGAAAAUGAAGGCUCCUACUCUCCAGGCGAGAAAUGGAAUGAUGGAGUCUAUGUUAGCUUGCUGCGAAACCCAGUCUCUGGCUGAUUUUUGUAUCAAGGUUACCGGAGAAAACGUUGCCAAGUUGUUUAUGGCAGAAGCUGUAGCUGAUGAGAAACCUACCAAAGAUCGUUCAUUAAGUACCACAGCUCCUCGCUAA